CAGAUUCAGGUCAAUUGUAUCCUUUGCCACCGGCACCGAAGUUUUGAGUCCUCAAAGCAUGGCUUCGUGCACCACGCUCUACCAGAUUCUGGGAAUCUGUCCAGCCGCGUCGGAAGGAGAAAUCAAAGCGGCUUACCGGCAACUGGUGAAGGUCUGCCACCCGGACGUGGCUCCGAUGGGGAAAAAGGAAUCCUCUGGGAGCGAGUUCAUAAAGAUCCACGAUGCUUAUCGCACGCUAUUGAAUCCCGAUAAGCGUGCCAAGUAUGAUCGAAACUUGAUUCCACGUGGGCGAGUGUUCUCAACGGCGUCGUCUGGAGUUUCCGGCUAUAAUGGUCGGAGAUGGGAAACUGACCAGUGCUGGUAGAGGGUGUGAACGGUGCAAUCACGCCAGAUGAACACGUGAAGCAGAAGUUACUCCUCUGUUAAAAAAAGGAAAAUGAUAUACUAGCAAUCAACAAGUGACAACUUUUCUCGUAACAUGUUGACUCUUUUUUUAUUUCAUUAAAUAUUCGAUGAAAUUACAGCUGAAACUAAAAAACCAUCAAAGUAAAAGAAACCUUCUCUUUUCAAUUGUCUUCUUCCACUUUUCAACCUCUCGUCUUCUCCGAGGUUUGGAUAAUGUGCAAAGUCUGUAUUCCUCUAAAAAAUUAUUUUAUUCUUCUUUUCUCCUCUUUAGAUGUGUGUAAAGAUUUUUCUCUUGUCCAACAUACAAAAGGUACAAAAGGUGUGUGCUUCGUCAUUAGAAUGAAUUUUGGCAAAAAGGAUCCAUUUUUUUGCAGUUUGUAAUGAUGCGGUGAAUAUAGUGGCGUUUAAGUGGUGAGUUUAGUAUUCGUAGUUGAUGAGAAUUGAGUUUGCUUAUUCUUCUUUUUCCUCAUUUUGGUGUCAGUGGAAAGGUCUUUCUCUUACCCAACUUUAUGGAAGGUGUGUGCUUCGUGUGUUAUCAUUCAAAUCUCAGAGGAGGAUAUUGUUAUCAUUCAAUAUGAGUUUGGAGUCUCACAUUGACUGAAAGUGAU